AUGGAUAUAGAUUCCGACGAGGAUGUUGAUGAUUUCCGGCCAGUAGGAACACCUAAAAAGCUGCUCUCCAAAAGUCCAUUCAUGUCUUCUUCAUCUAUCAAAACACCUAUGAGAAAGAGUAAAUCCAUUGUCUGGAGUGGCACACUCGAAAAUCACAAUAAGCAAGGACUAAAUGAUCCAAGAGAUUCUCUCAAAAAGCUUCCGUCAAGAUCCAUUCUAGUUACCCCUAAGCGGCACAGAAGUGUUUCAGCUAAGCUGACUGAUCUAUAUGAUGAUCUUAGUCAAAGGAAACGCGUACUCGAUGCGCAAGUCAUGUAA